CUUUAUGAUUUGGAGGAAACAUUGGGAAGAGGUCAUUAUGCUGUGGUGAAACUUGCAAGACAUGUGUUUACUGGUGAAAAAGUUGCUGUGAAGGUUAUAGAUAAGACAAAGUUGGAUGAUGUUUCACGUGCUCACCUGUACCAGGAGGUACAGUGCAUGAAGCUUGUACAGCAUCCAAAUGUGGUACGACUAUAUGAAGUAAUAGAUACUCACACUAAACUGUAUCUGAUCUUGGAGUUGGGUGAUGGAGGGGACAUGUAUGACUACAUCAUGAAGCAUGAGAAAGGCAUCAGUGAAGAGCUGGCGAGAAAAUACUUCAGACAGAUUGUCCAUGCCAUAUCUUACUGUCAUAAGCUUCAUGUUGUACACCGUGAUCUCAAACCUGAGAAUGUGGUUUUUUUUGAACAUUUGGGGAUGGUCAAAUUGACUGACUUUGGAUUCAGCAACAAAUUUCUUCCUGGUCAGAAAUUGGAGACUUCUUGUGGGUCUCUGGCCUAUUCUGCUCCUGAAAUUCUCCUUGGUGACUUAUAUGAUGCUCCUGCUGUUGAUGUAUGGUCCUUGGGAGUGAUCCUAUAUAUGUUGGUGUGUGGAAAAGCUCCAUUCCAGGAAGCAAAUGACAGUGAGACAUUGACGAUGAUCAUGGACUGCAAAUACACUGUUCCAUUGCAUGUGUCACCAGAGUGCCGAAGGUUGUACCCACCUUUCCAGAUUUAUUUUGAAAACCUUAGUUCCCUCAUGGGAAAUCUUGAUGUCACCUACUAUUCCUCUCUAGUGGAAGAUAAUGAAGGGCAUCAGUUGAUUAAUCGCAUGCUGCAAAGAGAACCAGAAAGACGAGCAUCCUUAGAGGAUAUAGCUGCUGACCCCUGGCUAAAUGAAGGGGACACAACCCAACCAGCAGAUUAUUUGCCUCUUGUUUCACGGGAACAUCUCUCUGAUGAGAGUCAUAGUUUCAUCCUCAAAAAACUUAUAGCUGGUUCCAUAGCCAGUCAAGAUGAAAUCAUACUGGCUUUGGAGAGGAAUGAAUACAACCACAUAACAGCCACCUACUUUCUUUUGGCUGAAAGAGUGCUCAGAUCUCAAAGGCAGGAGCAGGCAAUGCUUAUAUCUCAAGGGGCACAUGCAAAGGAGACUCAAGCCAGGGGAGAAGUAGUGCAGGCUCAAUCAAUGGAGAGUCUGCUGUCUUCUUCAAGUGGUGGGAAUGUCAGUGCAGAUAUUCCACAUGCUCCUCCUCUUGACUUGUCAGAGGCCACCCAGCAUCUGUGCCAUGAUACUGAUUGGGGGAGGGAAAGUAGGAAAUUGGGAUGGCAGCGAUCUGUGGUAGAAGGUGACCGUGUCAUUGUGGUGGAUCAACUGAAGAGUCCAUCACCAUCACCCCCAUCAGAAGAUUCUUCUUCCUCCUCCCCAGUCACACCCCCUGUAGGGAAAUUUAGGGGGACAUUUGCCACUCCUCCAAACAGGAGACUGCACAGUGUCAAAAGCUCUCCUCAGUUAGUCUUGAAGGAGAUCUUUGAGGAAGGGGAAAGUGACUUGGAGAGCAAUAAUGGUGAGAAAAGUUGUCAGUCCCCCUUCAACUUAUCCUUGGGUGCAACAGGUGGAGAGUCACAAGCCAGGAAGUAUCAAUGUGCCCCCAGCUGUAGCAGUUCAGAUGCCAGUGAUGAAGAUUCUGACAGUCGGAGAAGAAAACUCUCAAAAUUGAAAGACGUAACUUCUGUGUAUGAUUCACAUGAUGACUCUAGUGACUCCCAAGAUCAUUCUGGAGGUCCAGGUGCCAGUGGGAGCCAAGGAGGGAGGCAAGGUCAAAGUGGAAAUGGGGGGGUGAAGGGCAGAUCUGCAGGUCGACGUAGUCGUUCUGACUCUCAUGGCAAAAGCCGUGGGGGAGACGUAGGAGGCAGGAAGAAACCUGCAGGACCCAGUGGAGGAUGCAGUCGCUUGAGGCAUUAUCGCGUCAUGCGACAAAGUCAAUCUCUCAAUCGCAUCUGUGAAUUGGAAGUAGGCGAGGAUGAUGACAAUGCUGCCAUUGAUGGUAACAAGAUGAAGAAUGAUGAGAAGGAAAAUAGUCUUCCAAGCACGCGUAAAGAGGAGGACGGGAAGAAGAGACCAAACAGCCGGCAUCGGCUAAAAGUGUUCCUUGAACGAAGGAGAGGU